AUGUACGCCUAUGGUGACGUGGCGAACCCUCUUCCUGAAAGUGUGGCAGUACUAGAAGAGAUUACGGUGGAUUUCCUUACCGACUUGUGCCUACGGGCCGAGCCAUCUUUGUAUACCCUCGGCCUCUCCUCGUCGCAGCUUGAAGCCAGUGCCGCUGAGUCGUUCGGCGAGCCUGUAACGAGUGCCUCACUUAUUGGCCAAACAUCGGCGGCGCAGACAUAUCGGCAUCGUGCGAAGCUCGAUGACUUUAAGCAUGCGCUUCGGCAUGACUAUAAGAAGCUUGGUCGCUUGGAGCAGCUGCUGUAUGCUGACAAGAUGGUGCAAGAAGCGCGCCGCAUUGGCGGUGUAGAGGAUGUGGCGGCCAGUGCAGGUGCGUUGGUCCAUGGCGAUCCUAAGACAUCUACCUAA